AAAUCAAAUCUACUUAUUUGUACACUACCUUCUAAAUCUAUAGUUUUGCUUAGGAACUAUGGCUGUCUUCUCCGGUGAUCACUGGACAUUUAUCUUUGGCCUCUGUGGAAACAUCAUCUCCUUCUUCGUGUUCCUGGCGCCACUGCCUACGUUCUAUAAAAUAUACAAGAAGAAAUCGACGGACGGAUUUCAAUCAAUACCAUACGUGGUUGCGCUUUUCAGUGCUAUGCUUUGGAUUUACUAUGCAUUUCUCAAAUCCAAUACUACUCUUCUCAUCACCAUCAACUCCUUUGGAUGCUUCAUCGAAACCUUAUAUGUUUGCUUCUUCCUCUUCUAUGCAUCAAAGAAAGACAGGAUACAUACGAUGAAGUUACUUCUGGUGUCGGUAUUUGGUGGUUUUGGUGCUAUAGUUCUGGUUACGCAGUUUCUGUUCAAAGGCGUAGUUCGUGCACAAGUGGUGGGAUGGAUUUGCCUGGUCUUCUCCUUGUGUGUAUUUGUGGCUCCAUUGUGCAUCCUGAGGCAAGUAAUGAGAACAAAGAGCGUGGAACAUAUGCCAUUUUUGCUAUCGGUUUUCCUCACACUAAGUGCGGUUGCAUGGUUCUUCUAUGGUCUUCUACUAAAAGACUUCAAUAUUGCUAUUCCGAACGUGUUGGGAUUCGUAUUUGGAAUUCUUCAGAUUUUGCUGUACGCCAUGUACAGGAAGAAGACUAUCCCUGGGGAAGAAAAACUCCCAGAAAUUGUACUGCAAAGCCCCCCUGUAGCUGUUAUAAUUCUGGAAGAAAAUAAUAAUAAUUAUAAUAACAACAACAAGAAGAACACAACACAGAUUCCUGAGCUUACCCAGGAACAAAUCAUCGACAUUAUGAAGCUUGGAUCCCUUCAGGUUUGUAAGGACGACAAAAUCAACGUGCCUUCACGCGCUUAUUGAAGCUAAGCUAAUUAAGCUGCUGCUCGAUCCUAUGAUCGGAUUGCCGAUUUGUUUUGUGUGUUUGAAUUGUAGCUAGGUAGCUAGCACGUUAGGUUGUUGCAUGUACACAUGAAAUGUAACUUUGAUUUUUAUGUCAACCUUAUCAAAUAUCAAUGCACUUUCUUUAAUUUCCUUUUAAUAUAC